AGACCCUUUCAUUCAUCAACUCACAACACUUGAUUCUCAAACCAACUAUCUUAACAGCCAAACCAACCACCAACAACCAACUACCAAUCAACAUGUCUGACGCCGGCCGCAAGGAUUUCUCCACCAAGCUCUCCGAGGGCAUCACUCCCGACUCCACCAAGUCUACCCAGCAGAAGCUGAAGGAGACCGUCACUGACGCCGGUGACACCACCGCUCGUGGCCUCCAGCCCGACCAUGACAAGUCCACUGGACAAGAAAUUUCCGACAAGUUUGGCCGCAGCAAGGACCGCGAGGUUCACGGCAGCUCUGGCGGCUCCAUCGUCGACAAGACCAAGAACGCCCUUGGCCUCGGCGACAAGCACUAGAUGCCCCAACCAACUGGCAUUCGCUAUGAAGCUUGCAGUCGUUUAGUCACGAGUAGCAUCAUGUCACUGUUACCUU